AUGUUUUCUUUCUCUUCUCUUUUGACCCUUGUUAUCGCCCUCCCUGCGCUGGUUGCAGGUGAGCUCUCUGGCAAAGUCGGUCCUACCACUUCUCAUGCCACCAAGGCUGCCAAAAAGACUUGCGACAUUACCAAAUACGGAGCUGUUGCUGAUGGCAAGACUGAUAUCAGUGCUGCUCUGAACAGUGCUUUUACUGCUUGCAAGACUGGUGGUGUUGUGGUUAUUCCUACUGGCAAUUAUGCCAUGUCCAAGUGGGUCAAGUUGGCUGGCGGCAACAACUGGGCUCUGCAGCUUGAUGGUCUCAUCACUCGUACUGGAACUGAUGGUGGUAAUAUGAUUAUGAUUGAGCACAGCAACGACUUCGAGCUCUUCUCCUCAACCGGCAAGGGCGCCAUCCAAGGCAACGGCUAUCAAUUCCACAUCCAAGGCAGCAUAUCCGGCCCUCGUCUCCUACGCGUUUGGGACGUGACCAAUUUCUCCGUCCACGACAUCACUCUCGUCGACUCUCCCUCCUUCCACUUCUCCGUUGACACCUGCACGAAUGGCGAAGUCUACAACAUGGCCAUCCGCGGCGGCAACCAAGGAGGUCUUGACGGCAUCGAUGUCUGGAGCAACAAUAUCUGGAUUCACGAUGUCAUGGUGACCAACAAAGACGAGUGCGUUACCGUAAAAUCACCCGCGAAGAACAUUUUGGUGGAGAAUGUUUACUGUAACUGGAGCGGUGGUUGCGGUAUGGGAUCGUUCGGCACUGGUACCGCUGUGUCAGACAUUACUUACAGAAACAUCUACACUUGGUCUAGCAAUCAGAUGUUCAUGCUCAAGUCGAAUGGAGGCGAUGGCAGCAUCUCCAACGUCACGCUGGAAAACUUCAUCGGGCAUGGGAAUGCGUAUUCCUUGACGCUCGACCAAGCAUGGACUUCGAUGAAGACCAUUGCUGGCAAUGGCGUUCAGCUCUCAAACUUCCACAUCUCCAACUGGACGGGUACAGAGGUCAAAGGAACAGCGCGUGGCCCUAUCAAAGUUGCUUGCGCUGCAAAGGCACCUUGCCAUGAUGUCAACAUCAGCGACUUUGCCAUGUGGACCGAACAAGGGGGUUCUCAGUUCUACUCUUGCGAGAACGCAUAUGGAAGUGGAUUUUGUCUCAAGAGUGGUACGAACUAUGCGGCGUAUCCGGCCACGACUCAGUGGGUUAGCAAGGCUCCUGCAGGAUAUGCUGCUCCUACUAUGGCUGCAGACUUGAAGACUGCUUUUGGAACUACGUUGAGCAUUGCUGUUCCUACCAUGCCGGCGAGCUUUUUCCCUGGUGUGUUGCCGAUUACCAAGUUGGCUGGUAGCAAGUAG